AUGUCCAUACCAGGCUAUGGUGAAAAGCAAUAUGGCCUAAUUAUUCCAGGCAAAAAACAGGAACAGGUGUCGAAAGUAGGGAAAAGUGCGUUUACAGAGGAAUCUGAUGAUGAAGAUGAUGCCAGAUUUAAGCAGCCCAACUUUGAUCCGAAACUGGAGACUCUGAAAGCCAAUCUUAGAAAGACGACCAAAGUUACACUGGAGAAGGCGCUGGAAGAGGACGCCUCUGUUUUCCAAUAUGAUGAGAUCUACGAUCAGAUAACCAGCGAGAAGAACCAAAUGCUCAUGGAAAAAUCAGGCGCGGCCGCUAAAAAGCCCAAAUAUGUGGAAAAGUUGUUAAAGACUUCAGCCAUGCGCAAGCUAGAGAAAGAACUCCUUUCGGAAAGGAAGGCCCAGCGGGAACUGGAGGCCGAGAAGGAGAUGUUCGCCGACAAGGAAUCAUUCGUGACCGGGGCCUAUAAGGUGUGUCUCGGUUAUUUCUCCUCCUCCUCCUCCUCCUCCUCCUCCUCCUCC